AUGUCGUCGUCAAUCGGACGCUCGAAGACGUCGUCAUCGACGAAGUCGUCGGAGACCUCGUCGUCGGUCUCGCUGUUCGCCAUCCGCCCGAACGCCGGCACAGAGGGACGCGUUAUGGAAGUGGUCGCCAACCACUUCCCCAUGAAGUUCACGUCCGACCUCAUGGUCUACCACUACGACGUGGAUAUGGAGCCCAUGCGCCUCAACCAGGAGUUGUCGCAAAUGACGUUCAGCGACGACACGGCCGACAAGAGCGACAAACGGCGGGCGAAGAAAUUGAAUUCAAAGGUGUAUCGCAUAGUCGUGGAGGAGGCCAUCAAACGAUACUCAGGUCCGGGAGAGCUGUUCGAUGGCGUGCUUCCUGUGUUUGACGGCCAGAAGAAUAUGUACACGAGAAAGGAGUUGGAUUUGGAGCGCUUCGCCGUGAAGGGCGGGCCCUCCCUUCCCAUCCCGGUGGGGAACUCGCUGUACGCGCCCGCCUCGGAGGCCAAGGGUAUGCGCAAAGACAUCGGCGGCGGCCGUCAGUUGGCGUACGGAUACUUCCAGUCAGUGCGACCCGAAUCCAAUGGUGUGAGUCUAGUGAUCGACCGCACGGCCACCGCUCUGUACGACUCGGGACCUCUCGUGCGCUUCAUCUCCAAGAUUAUGGGCAUUCAAAACAGAGCCGAUUUCAUGGCUCUCAAGGAAUUCCGCGAUUCGGACCGAAAGCGCAUUGAGAAGGAGUUGAAGGGAAUCGUCAUUCAAGUGACUCACUUGACAUACAAACGCAAGUAUAAAGUGAUCGGAAUGUCCAAAGAGCCGGCCACUCGAGUCACCUUCGACUACAAGAAGACUGAUCCCAGAGGCAAAGAGAUUGAUUUGGGAAAGAUUUCGGUGAUCGAGUUCUUCGAGAAGCACUACCCGGACAGGUGUCCCCUACACUUCGGACACUUGCCGUGCAUUAUGGUCGGCAACUCGAAGAAUCCCAAUUACCUGCCGCUCGAUGUGUGCGAACUCGUGCCCGACCAACAUGUGUCGAAGAACCUGACGAACGAGCAGAUGGUGGAAAUGAUUCGCUCGUCGGCUUCCCAGACGCCGGCGAAUCGGUUGGCAUUCAUUCGCGAGUCGGCGAAGAGUACGAUCCUCGACUCGAAGCCCUAUAUGAAGGAGUUCGGCAUC